UGCUGCCGGGUGUCCAUGGCCCUUACCCCUAAGCUGCCAGUGCAACAGUCAGAGUGGCGGCCAGAGGCUCAGUCCAUGCAGUACCCCCUGGACAGUGCUGGUGAGGCUAAACAAGAGGCCUCCACAUCUUGACACUUAAAGAGUAAGAACGAAGUGUCGCCGGGAUAGAGGACCAUGCUGCGUCGCAAGCCCUCCAAUGCUAGCGAGAAGGAGCCCACUCAGAAGAAAAAGCUCUCACUUCAGCGUUCCAGCAGUUUCAAGGAUUUUGCCAAAUCCAAACCCAGCUCCCCAGUGGUGAGCGAGAAGGAAUUUAAUCUGGAUGAUAAUAUUCCAGAAGAUGAUUCAGGUGCCCUUACCCCAGAGGAUACUGGGAAGAGUGGCAAAAAGCUGGGGAAGAAGUGGAGGGCCGUAAUUUCCCGAACCAUGAACAGGAAGAUGGGCAAGAUGAUGGUGAAGGCCCUGUCAGAGGAGAUGGGAGAUACUCUGGAGGAGGGUUCAGCCUCCCCGACAUCUCCAGACUGCAACCUGGACAGCCCUGGCCCUGAGAAGAUGGCACUGGCCUUUUCUGAGCAGGAGGAGCGUGAGCUCCCAGCACUCAACCGCCAGGAGUCAACAGGCAGUGAGCUCUGCAGCCCCAUCCCAGGCUCUGGCAGCUUCAGGGAGGAACCACCUGCCCCUCAGUACACAGGGCCUUUCUGUGGCCGGGCCCGAGUUCAUACCGACUUCACUCCCAGCCCCUAUGACCACGACUCGCUGAAACUGCAGAAAGGAGAUGUAAUUCAGAUUGUUGAAAAACCACCUGUGGGCACAUGGCUGGGCCUGCUCAAUGGCAGGCUGGGCUCUUUCAAAUUCAUCUACGUGGAUGUGCUGCCUGAGGAGGCCGUGGGGCCUGCCCGCCCCAGCCGCCGACAGAGCAAAGGCAAGAGGCCCAAGCCCAAGACUCUGCAUGAACUGCUGGAGCGCAUUGGCCUAGAGGAACACACAUCCACUCUGCUGCUCAAUGGCUACCAGACGCUGGAGGACUUCAAAGAGCUGCGGGAAACACACCUGAAUGAGCUGAACAUCACGGACCCACAGCACCGGGCCAAGCUGCUCACAGCUGCAGAGCUGCUGCUGGAUUACGACACCGGCAGCGAGGAGGCAGAAGAGGGCGCCGAAAGCAGCCAGGAGCCAGCGACACACACUGCGUCAGACCCCAAGGGGGACAUUCCGCGGGACUCAGGCUGCUUCGAGGGCUCAGAGAGUGGGCGUGAUGAGGCGGAGCUGGCAGGAGCUGAGGAGCAGCUGCACUGCCUCUCCUUAGCCGGGUCACCUUGAGCAGAGGUGGCAGUGGUGGGCCAAGGCUGGGCCCAAGCAGCACAAGCAGCAGGGAUGGACCUGGCCUACCGCAGUGGCCUGUGCUGGAGGACUAGUGGAGGACUGGAACUGAGCCCGGCCCUGCUCCCCUCAGGGCACCUAGGUCCAGAGAGGCUGGGCAGGGCCCUACAGGCUUGGCUGGAGUAAAUGAAGAGCCUCUGAGAGCACAUCCCACCUGCCUGGCUCUCUCCUUCUACCAGCUACUGACAGCGCAGCCUGCUCUGGUCAUGGCCACAGCCAAGUGGGGCACCAAGGAGCCUCCUUGCCCAAGUCUCUCACCACCAAAGCCUCCCAAUCCUCCUCAACCCCACAGCACCUUCCCUGAGGCACUGCUCCUGAAAAAGGGGCCAAGUCAGCAUUUCAGGUCAGUCUCAGGACCUUAGGGAAGCUGGCCAUUUAAAAAGAUUCUAAUUGAUCAUGAGUAAAUCCAGACUGCCCUCAAUAAGGUCUGAAGAAAGCCACAUGUACCUUUUCUCCUCCUAACUUUCUGAUAGGUUUAGCCACUAAAUCACUAUCUGAUUUGAUCCAAGUGUCUUCCCCAAUCUGUCUAGGAUGGUCAGGAUUAGAAUAGAUAGAUUCUGAGGGCCUUGCCAACUCUGACAUUCUGUGACAUUAAAUGUUACCCGUGGCCCAGGACAGCAGUGGGGUUUACUGAAGGGGCUGGAGGGGCCUUGGGCUCACAAAUGAAAUGGCUCCUUCUGCUCAUCUGUUCCACACCUCCCCAUGUAACUCAGGACAAACAGCAACUUACCCCAGCUUAAAACAAUGCCCAUAUCUCAUACAACGUGUGCCCUCCCCUUCCACUUCUGGCCCCUUCAAAUGACACUUCUCCCCAAGGUCAAUGGAAGAUGGUCAGACCUGGCUUCCAAGGGCAGAGUGGCCCCUAAGGAGCAAGAUGCAGGUCUAGGCCCAGACUUGGCCUCUUUUGUGAGUCCUUACAAGCAAAGAAAACACAAACUAGGCAAGUCUACUAUCCCAACUUUACUAAAGAUUUUGAUGUACCCUGAGCUCCAGAAGGGGAAGGAGAAUGUCUAUUGGUAGGAACCUCCCUUGACACCAGUGCCAAAUCUGUGCCCUGAAUUCUAGAGUAACCCUUCCCCGGGACUCAACUGGCCCAAGGACAAAUAGUGCCCACUAAAUCUAGGACUGCGGCUUAGUGGACACAUUUCAGGACCUACUACCAGGAACUUUGGUAAAGCUAGCUUGCGGGGAAGGGUUUUGUGUAAAUAUAAGGGGGUGGAGAGGGAUAGGUUAGCAGCAAUAAAUAUAAGUAAAACAAAAUUACUGUCUCCAGUUAUC